AUGCACCCACCACGUCCAUACGUCAACAUAUAUCUGAUGCACGAUGGGAAACGCUAUGCCAAAUGGAAAUCAUCCGUCCACUACGACACAGCGGUCCAGGUUUUCAACGAGACUUUUCAGUUCAACGUCUCGAAAAUGGACGUGGCCCUCGUCGAGCUCUGCAUACACGUCAAGGAGUACCACAGGACUCACCUCAACAAUCUGCUGGGUGUGGUUGGGAUUGGCUUGACUGCUAAAGGAGCAGGUAAAAUUCACUGGCGAGAAGUAAUAAACUCUCCAAGACACCAAAUCAGUCACUGGCACUCUGUAGUACCCCUGGAAGGAACACACUUACAUCCACCUGCUACCACACCCAUUAUCAGAACAUAGUUAUAAUAAUUAUU